AUAAGAAUGGCACACAUUUAGAAAAAAUGAGAAAAAAUGUAAACAGUGAUCAUAAUUUUAAAUGAAGCAAUGUAAUGUUACCUAAAUAGUUGUGCUGUAACGCGGCACAUGUAUCCAGGAAUAUACUAUGCUCCAACCGAAAGCAAAAUGGAGCGCGGAUUGAGGAAUUUCAUAAUCAUUAUUGCAAUGGACGUCAUUGUAUUCGUAUCCAGUGUAAUAGUAUGGUGUCAUAAACGAAGCAAAAUUAUAGAUCUGGUACGCAAUGGCUUGCAAGGAUUACCGUUCCUCAAAAGCAAAAAGAACUCUGCUAAAUUACCUUCUAAAGAUAUGCGAAAGGCAAGUAAAAUCCUGGAACAUGCAAUGUCAACUGAUAUAGAAUGCAGUGAUGGUGAUAUAGAUUCAUACAGUGAUGUAUCAAACUGCAACAGUGAUAUGAAAGAUGAAGAUGAGAGUGCAACUAAUUGGUCGUUGUAUGUUUCUUUAGCAAAAUCAAGGAAGAAAACAAAAGUGCCUAUUAUAAAAUCUACCGUUAAGGAAGGAUCUUGGUGGUACUACCUGUUAUAUGGAAAGCAUGAUAACAUAAGGAACAAUGAGGCUGUACUGUAUCUUAAGUUCGUACGUAGCACAUGCAUUAUGUUAUGUAUAUGCUCCGUCGUAUCAGUUGUGUCUAACAUCGUCAUGUUUACCCAUCUAGCAAUCAACAACAAGCCACAAUUUCUUUUUACAUAUUCAUUUGAAGAUAUGAGGAGGUGUAAAGUGACAGUAUGGACACUUUAUGCGACCGUGUGGAUUUACUCCUUUAUUGUAUAUAUCCAUAUAUUGAAAUUCAGACGAAAGGUAAACAGAGGGAAACAAAUUACGGUUAUGCUCAGACCACAGCUUCAUACUAUUAUGAUUUGUGGUUUUGAUAAAAAUAUCACCGACCCAAUUAAGUUCUAUAAGCACUUUGAGAAAUAUUUUCCCGAACACGUUCUUGCUGUACAUAUUGUUUAUGAUCACAGUAAACGCAUGCUUUUAGAAGAAGAACUUGAGGCAACAAAAGCACAGUUGUGCUUAUGUAGAGAUAUGUCAUUUCUUUUACAACAAAAUCGCAAAACAAAGAAUGACUCUUCAAAGACUCACUCAUAUGAAGAAGUUCAGGAACCUAAACCAUCUACUGCAAAACCGCGUCGAUCACGUUCAUGUAGUGACCUACCAUCGAAGGGGCAGAAUGAUGAAAAAAGAGAAACCAUUCAAGAACUUAGGGCAUCAUUAUCGUCAACGAAUCUCGUAUUGCCACCUACAGAAGCAAAACGUGAAAGUCCAAAGCCCUCAUCAAACUUCGGUAGAGGCGUUGUUCGGCAGAUUACUCGAUUCAUAGCAGGCAACGCCAGCGUAUUACAAUCACAACAAGGAAUUGAUAGCGCCGAUGAUUUUGGGGAGCAUUUUGCUGGAUUGUUGAAAAAGGUCAAAGAACUAAAAGAGAAAAUACAAGAGGAAGUUAAUGCCACACAUUCAACGUCUGCCAAAGUAUGCUUUGUAUCAUUUGCUGACUCUAAUAUCGUAAUGCACAUUCUUAGGGAUCGUAACAUUCUCGAAGCUAUGCCGGAAUGGAGAAUAAGACCGGCACCGCACCCAAGAGAUAUCAUAUGGAAGCAUCUUCACAUACCCAGAUAUGUAAUUUUCCUCAAGAUGGUUGGAUGUAAUCUGUUGCUUGUUUCUUUUUAUAUUGUUGUAACAUGGGUAUUAUCGCAUCUUAACCUGUUACAGACGGUGAAAAGCAGAGAAUUAGCAGAUGGUGCAACUUCAGGCUUCAGUAUCAACGAUCUCACAGAAAGAUCGUUCUGGAGUGCGUUGAUGCCGCCGUUGGUUAUGGCAACACUUAACACAUGUGUCCAUCCAUCGCUGAUUAAUUUGUUCUCAAAGAAAAUUGGAUUUUGGACUCAGUCUACGUAUCAGAGAUAUCUGUUAUUUGGGCAUGUGUUCUAUCUGGUUAUCAAUACCAUAUUGAUACCUUUAAUCGCUUCUAUGAUCGCAUUCUGGAAUAUCUUCAACGGGGCGUUUGAUUCACUUUCUAUUGAUCUUGGAAAGGUGUUGGUGAACACUACGUGGAGAUUUUCAACUAUUUACGUGCUAAACGCCAUAUUCCUUGGUUCAAGUAACCAGCUGCUGCAGCUCUCCCAAAUCUCAAUGAGGUCCUUAUGUAUUUAUUUUCUUAAAUUCGAUCUUGGAAUAACCAAUUUCGAUUUUGGAUACUGGUAUGCUUUCCACCUCUCGAUUUUAACGCUAGUGAUGCUCUUCAGUUUGUUCGUACCGUAUCUUCCUCUGUUAGGGACUUUGUAUUUCGCCGUUAGAUAUUGCGUGGAUAGACACAACAUUGCGUACAACGUGCUCCAACUACCCCUGGACUCUACAGGGAAGAUAGGUGCCUCAGCGGUUAAGUCUAUGCUAAUAUGUAUAUCUCUCACGCAAUUUUCAAUGUCUGGAGUUUUUAUUAACUGUCAAGGUCUCAUUCCCCCUGUUUGUAUAACUCUGCUAUAUAUAGCCUCAGUGGCCACGUGGUUGCUGAUGUAUGAAUCUAAUGCGGAUUUCGUAGUUAAAUUCCUAGAACCGAUUUAUAACUUCCAGUUAAGUCCACUCACGAAAGCAAUGAUGGAUAGCAUAAAGCUGUGCUAUAUGCAUCCGUGCGAUGCAAAGGAUUUAAUCAACGGACUCAAGACUAAAAUGUACGUGCAGUGACUUGAAUAAUAAUAUCUAGAGAAUAUUUU